AUGCAAGAUGAAGACAUUCCCGACCUUUACCCGACACCCAACUACGACGACGGAGAGGACGUCAGCCAAUUUCUAAUUAUGGUGAAGAUUUUUGUGGGAAAUUUGCCCCGAGAGGCAGAAGAGGACGAAAUCAAGGCACUUUUCUCUGAGUAUGGCACAGUCACGGAGUGUGCCAUCAUCAAAAACUUUGCCUUUGUCCAUAUGGACGAUCGCAAAGCCGCCACUAAAGCCAUCAAGAGUCUGCAUCUGCACAAACUUCACGGCACACAGAUCAACGUGGAGGCCAGCCACGGGAAGAACCAAGGCUCCGUCAAGCUUCAUGUCGCAAAUGUAGAAAAGGGAUGUGAUGACGAGCUCCGUGCUCUAUUUGAAGAGUAUGGUACUGUCACAGAGUGCGCUGUGGUUAAGAAUUUUGCCUUCGUACAUAUGCCAAACUAUGACGAGGCCAUGGAUGCCAUCCAAGGACUGGAUAACACAGAGUUUCAAGACAAACGGAUCCAUGUCCAGAUUUCCAAGAGUCGUCCGAGGCUCGAUGAACGAGAUGAUUAUCCCCCACCUCCACCAGACAGGGGCAGCUUCUGGCCUCCGCACUAUCCAGUAGAGCGACAUGAUCCACCUCCGCCCAGCUACAUGAGAGGCAGAAUGAUGCCCCCAGGUUACCCAGUGCCUCCUCUACCACCCCCUCCCCCCAGACGAGCUAAUUACCCAGACCGUCCCUAUGAGGGUGACAGUGACAGAUAUGGCAUGGUAGAUUAUUAUGAGAAGUACAGAGCCCGUCCAUAUGGUAUACCCCCCUUUGAGGACCAACGCUCUGGUAUCCCACCUCCUCCCCCUCCAUCGUCUGCCGUCGUCCGAGAACGUCUAAUGAGCUCGUCGCUUGACCCUUAUGAGCGUCGUCCGCUUCCACCUCCUCCCCCGCCGUCAUCGUACUACGCCCGAGAUCGCAGCCCUAUCAGGAGGGUGCCUAGUGCACCAAUACUACCUGCUAAUAAUGGCUACAGCUAUGAGCAUUCUGCAUACGGAGUUCCACAAGCAGAGGAGGACGAAAUCAAGUCACUCUUCACAGAGUAUGGUACGGUCACUGAAUGCGCCAUCAUCAAAAAUUUUGCCUUUGUCCAUAUGGACGAUCGCAAAGCCGCCACUAAAGCCAUCAAGAGUCUGCAUCUGCACAAACUUCACGGCACACAGAUCAACGUUGAGGCCAGCCACGGGAAGAACCAGGGCUCCGUCAAGCUUCAUGUCGCAAAUGUAGAAAAGGGAUGUGAUGACGAGCUCCGUGCUCUAUUUGAAGAGUAUGGUACCGUCACAGAGUGCGCUGUGGUUAAGAAUUUUGCUUUUGUACAUAUGCCCAACUAUGACGAGGCCAUGGAUGCCAUCAAAGGACUGGACAACACAGAGUUUCAAGACAAACGGAUCCAUGUCCAGAUUUCCAAGAGUCGUCCAAGGCACGAUGAACGAGACGAUUAUCCCCCACCUCCACCUGAUAUGGGCAGCUACUGGCCUCCACAUUAUCCAGGAGAGCGACACGAGCCUCCUCCAUCCAGUUACAUGAGGGGCCGAAUGAUGCCCCCAGGUUACCCCGCCCCUCCUCUACCACCACCCCCCCCGAGACGAGCUGUUUACCCCGACCGCCCCUAUGAGGGUGACAGGGACAGAUACAGUGUGUUAGAUUAUUAUGAGAAGUACAGAGCCCGUUCGUAUGGCAUGCCUCCCUACGAGGACCAACGUUCAGGUAUCCCACCCCCUCCCCCUCCACCUUCUGCGAUCGCGAGGGCUCAUUCUAUGAGCUCAACCCUUGACCCUUAUGAGCGUCGUCCUCUUCCACCUCCUCCCCCUCCGUCAUCGUACUAUGCUCGAGAUCGCAGCCCCCUUAGAAGGGCACCUAGCGCACCAGUGCCCCCUGCCAGUAAUGGCUACACCUAUGAGCGUUCUCGACUCUCUCCGGUUUCCCAAAUCCCUUCAUAUGAAAUUCCCCAUGCAAGGGACCCCUACGCUGACCGACUGCCUCCGCCACCUGCACGCUACGCUUAUUAA